GCCAGGAGCAUAUCGUUGUUGUAGUAAUGGACAGAUAAACGUGACACAAUAUCGCAAAAUAAAACUUAUGACACUAAUUUUAGAAUCAGGUAUGACUACACCACCAUCACAGAACCAUCAGAAUGUUCACCAUCACCUACCGUAUCAAAGUAUUCAACAGAAAGUGCCUAAUCAUCCAUAUCCCCCUUUGCCCUCACAGUAUCCUCCAAUCUAUGAUCUACAAAGACCACCCCCAAGAUUACCUCAUGUAGUAAAUCAUCCUCAGUCAGCUAUUUCGGUAACUCCAGUUCAACAUGCUGUUUCAAAUAAUGGGUCAAAUAAUCCAUAUUCAAGCACCCAAUAUUCAGGUAAUCAUUUUACCAACCCACAGAUCCCAGGGGCUUCAUUUAUGUCAUUUCCUCCACCUCCCCUUUGUGAAAGCAUGCGAAAACAGCAACAAGCAGCAUCUGAUUUUUCACAUGCAUCAUACUCGGGAAAUGCUAAUUCCUCUGUGAAAACAUUAUUGCCAACAGCACAACCUCCAGUUUCAACCCAAAUAGCAUCAACUUUUUUGCCCCCACAAGUCAAUACUGCCAAUCAUUCACUUUGUUAUCCGCAACAGUCAUAUUUGGCUACUACAGUUCAUGGGCCAACUUCAUCUGGUUCGUUACAUAUCCCCACUCAGCUUUCACUUCAACAACCACAAAGCUUGUUUGCUCCUGUCACAACCUGGUCCAGUUCAUGUAUGCAAGGCCCAAUCACACAGUCUUCUGCAAAGACACUAAGAGAGAGUGAUAAUGAGUGGCUUGAAGGAUGGUUGUCUUCAAAGAAAAAACCAAAUCAACAAGUACAAAGAAGUGAGCAGAAGUCAGAUAUUACUGUCCAGCCUAUCAAGCAAACUCAACUGACACCAAACAUUUGGAAGUUAUUAAGGAUCCAACUGCUUGUGAGAAAAAUAGCCUAUGCUCGUUCUCAUCUUCAAGAGGCCCUCGUUGUUUUAAAAGAACUUAAUGAAGUUCGAGACCUUAUUUCUUCUUCCCUGAUGACAGCCGAUGAUGAUAUGUGGAACUUCAGGUUACGUAGGGCCACAAGACUACAGAAUCGUCUAGCAGAGAUAAAAGAAAUAUUUCUUCAACCAGCCGUGUUAAAGAACCUUAAACAAAGAAUGGAGAAGAUAAGAAAGAAAAGGAAAAGAAUAAAAAAGCAGAAGGAAUACAGAACACUACAGAUGAAGGAAAUACAGAGUGAGAGAGAGGAAAAAGAAAGACAGAUUGGCAUUUGGAAAGAACAGAUUAUAGAAAAAAUUCAACGGGAUAAAAGGGAAAUGGAACUAAAAGCAGAAGCUGAUACAAUUUUAAGUGAAGUACGACGUAAAAUUCAAGAGGCCAAACGAGCAUUAGAAAGAUUGAAAGCUCUUGAGAAACUUCGUGAUGUAAAAAAGAAAAACUUAGUCAUGAAAGGUGUUACGGUAUCCAUUGAAUAUGAUGAUACUUUUAUGGAAAGAGUUUCGAGGCUUAGAGAAUUAAUGAAACAGCAGUUGUCAGACUAUGAAGCUGAAGAGAGAGCCAUUAAAGUUAUGCUAGAAACUGAACACGAAGGACAAAGAGAAGAAGAGGAAGAACGUAGAAGAAUAAGAAUUGAGAGACUUGUUAAAGACAAACAAUGGGAGAUCAAAGAAGGGCUGUUUGGAAACUCUUGUUUGCCCAGUGUUGAAGAUCCUCUCUACAUUUAUUGGCAGUUUUAUGUACAAGCUGAACAGGGUCAGGAUCAGUUAUUACAUAUUAGGCGAGAAUGGGAUAUGUUUUUAGUUCCCUCUGAUCACCCUGAAGGCUCUAGUAUACCACUUCAGUGGAUUACCCCAGAAGCCCCCUCUAGCCAAGUUUGGGCAUCUGCUUUACAGCCCGAUAGCAUUUGAUGCUCUUUUUUUUUUUCUUUCUAUAAACAUGUGACUGUCUUGUAAAUCUAUCAUACAUAUGUAAAAAUAGAAUUGAGGGGAAAAUAAAAUAAAUGUAAAUAAUAUGCUUA